AUGGACCUCAUGUCUAGAUUUAUCGCCACAGUGCUAGGCUUCCUCCGUUGCCUUUGCAUCGUUAUCUGGAUAGAACCAUGGACCAAGACACCUCGUCCCAAGCCUAGCCCACCAUCCAACUACGAAGACUGGCACGAAUGGCAUGCUGAACGCGAUGCUAUACGUGGUGUCGAUGACUGGGCCAUCAUAGACAGACAUUCAGCCUACGACUGGCAGAUUUUGCGCGGUCUCAAACGUGAUCUAGAGCGAUGUCGUCAACUCGGCGACGACUGGGGCCUUUGUAGUCAUCUCAGGGCUCAGAGUGCUCGCAAUAUGUGUGGGAUAUUAUCCGCUGCACUUUAUCGAAAGUCUCCAGUCCAGACCAAACGACUAAUACAUGACUAUAUCACUGAGCUUCGUCAGUCCAUUGCUUACUUGGCUGACCGGAAUUCCACAAACCUGGGCAAUAUUCCUGUUCCAAUUCAAGAAAAACGACAGGUUUUGCAUGAUAUGCGCAGAACUCUUGGCCGUACGAGCUUGCUGCUUCAGGGAGGCGCCAUGGUGAGCAUGUCACAUCUAGGGGUGGUCAAGGUCCUCUUCGAACAACGACUCCUCCCUCAAAUCAUCACAGGCACAGCAUCGGGGGCAUUAGUCGCCGCUCUUGUUUGCACAACCACCGAUACCGACCUUCCCACAAUGUGUCGGGGUUCUGAUAUCAAUCUCGACGCGUUUGUUCGCGCUCGACUUCAACGCUCCACUAGCCGUUUGAGUUCUUGGCUAAGAUCGCCGUUCUUGACGACAAUGCGCCGACGGUACAAACGAUAUCACGCAACUAGGCAUUUCUUCGACAUUGUUGUACUGGGGCAAUGUGUAAGAGACAAUCUCAAAGACAUAACGUUUGAGGAAGCAUAUGCCAAAACAGGCAGAAUUCUGAAUAUCACCAUUGCCAUGGCUGAAGUAGCUGGCACGCCCCAACUUCUCAAUUACAUUACAGCUCCACAUGUUUUGAUAUGGUCAGCAGUGGUGGCUUCCAUUGCGACUUCGAAGCAGAUGUAUGCGCCAGUACAGUUACUCUGCAAAAGUGAUACAGGAGCAGUGGUCCCUUAUUUUGCUGCCGACUUUGCUGCUAACAAAAGCAAAAAGCUUGGUUCAGUACAUCCUGAGGCGCCGUUACAACGCAUAGGAGAGUUGUUCAACGUCAAUCACUUCAUAGUUUCUCAGACAAGACCAUAUGUUGCACCAUUCAUUCAGGUUCAGAAGUGGGCAGACUAUCAUCAGCCGUUUGGAAUUGUCGUUCGACUCAUUUUCUCCGAAUUACUACACUGGAUGAAAACAUGGAACCGGCUGGGCCUUCUCCCAACAUCUCUUCAACGUGUUUUGAUAGAUGAGGUGGUCCCUAGCAUCGCGUCAUGGUCCAAGGUAUCAAUCACUCCGAUUUUGGGCCUCUACGAUCUUGUCAGUCUCUUUGACAACCCUACAACGGCAUCGAUAGAAAAAUGGAGUGUUAGAGGGGAGAGAAGUACGUGGCCAUUGAUAUGUGAAAUCAAAUGCCGUUGUGAUGUUGAGAUUGAGUUGAAUGCUGCUUAUGCCAGUAUUCGUCGAAGAGGUUUGAUAUCGCCAUCUUCUUCCGACUAG